GGCAUCGCGGAGCGCCGCUUCCCCUUCCGGCUGCUCCGGGGCUUCUGUCAACAUGGCAGCGGCGGGUGGUCGGUGGAAGUGGCUUCUUUGGGUGGCAGGUCACUCACGGAACGUUUUUCCUUGCCUCGCAGUGAUUGCACAUGUGGUGGCGUCAGGUGCGGGUUUUGUGGAGGAUCUAAAUGAGUCGUUUAAAGAAAGCCGUAAAGAUGAUAUUUGGCUCGUAGAUUUUUAUGCACCUUGGUGUGGCCACUGCAAGAAACUGGAGCCUGUGUGGAAUGAAGUGGGUAUAGAAAUGAGAAACAUGGGCUCUCCAGUAAAAGUUGGGAAGAUGGAUGCCACUUCCUUUUCUAGUAUUGCAUCUGAAUUUGGAGUGCGAGGCUAUCCAACAAUUAAGCUCUUAAAAGGUGACUUGGCAUACAACUACAGGGGACCUAGAACCAAAGAUGAUAUAAUUGAGUUUGCUAAUAGAGUAGCAGGACCUCUUAUCAGGCCACUUCCUAGCCAGCAUAUGUUUGACCACGUGCAAAAGAGACAUCAUGUAUUUUUUGUGUAUGUUGGUGGUGAAUCUCCUUUAAAGGAAAAAUACAUUGAAGUUGCUUCAGAACUAAUAGUUUAUACAUACUUUUUUUCUGCCUCAGAAGAUGUGCUGCCUGAGUAUGUGAUGUUGCCUGAAUUGCCUGCUGUUGUGGUCUUCAAAGAUGGAACUUACUUCGUUUAUGAUGAGUAUGAAGAUGGUGAUUUGUCAUCCUGGAUAAAUAGGGAAAGAUUUCAAGGUUAUCUUCAUGUAGAUGGCUUCACGCUGUACGAGCUUGGAGAUACAGGAAAACUUGUGGCUAUUGCAGUCAUUGAUGAUAAAAACUCUUCAGUGGAACAUACCAGACUAAAAUCUAUUAUUCAGGAAGUUGCUAGAGAUUAUAGGGAUCACUUUCACAGGGAUUUCCAGUUUGGCCAUAUGGAUGGAAAUGAUUACAUUAAUAGUUUACUAAUGGAUGACUUGACAAUCCCUACUAUUGUUGUAUUGAAUACCUCCAAUCAGCAGUAUUUCCUACCAGAUAGGCAUAUUGAGAACACAGAAGACAUGGUUCAGUUUAUUAACAAUAUCUUGGAUGGUACUGCUGAAGCACAGGGUGGUGAUGGACUUCUGCAACGAAUCAAGAGAAUAAUCUAUGAUGCCAAGUCUACUGUAGUGUCUGUGUUCAAGAGUUCACCACUUCUGGGAUGCUUUCUGUUUGGGUUGCCCCUGGGGGUCAUCAGCAUUAUGUGUUACGGAAUCUGCACAGCUGAUACAGAUGGAGGGAUAGAUGAACAUGAGGCAGCUAAAAAGGAAAAUGGUGAUCGGGAGCUCACAGAUGAAGGCAGUGAGGAAGAACAAGAGGAGGAAAAGAAUGGAAAAUAUACAGAACUUUCAGAUGGAGAACUGAAACAGAAAGACGUAAUGGAAAAGAAAAAAGACUAACAUUUUGAACAAAAGAAUUCUCUAGAAUUUCCAAAUAGACUUAUUUAUUGAAGGUAGUCAUUUAUUGAUGAUCUUCAUGAAAGAGGACCUUUUUGUUUAUAUUAUGGUAGUUUUGACUUGCAUGUAUUCAAAUUUUCUCAGAAAUUGACAAGUAAAAAAAUAUGGAUGUUCUCUUAAUUGUCUUUAACAGAUGAACAAAACACAGUUUAGACUGAUAAGAUUCGCAGGUACAGUUCUGCAGUUUUUUCUUUUUUUUUUUUUUUUGAGGAGUUUUGAAUUGUUCAUUUUCAGAACAGUGAGAUAAUGUUACUUGACCUUAGUGUACGUGAUGAACUAUUACUACCAACUGAACACUCAUUCAUGUCAAACUAAGGCUGAAAAUUAAGAAAGGUAAGUUAAGAUAUCUGUAAAUUCUUUCAGAGCCUGAUAGCUGAAGACAACUUAGAGUUUUCCAAGAGGUCAUGUUAUACGUGUUGCACAUAAUUUUGGAAAAAGAAAUCCAAACCACCCUAAACUUUUGUAUUUUCUCAAGUGAAAUGUAAAUUGUUAGGAAUUAGAGGACUGUUUUACCAUGUAGUAAUAUAAUUGCUGGCAGUCAAAAAUGUUUACUUGAUAUAGGAUGUGACAGAUGCUAUUAGGGCUUUAGCAGCUAAAACUAUUGGAAAACUUUGAUAUAAACCUUUUAGAAUAUGAUUGCCUGUUAAAUUAUUUUGUAUGAGUGCUUACGCAAACUUACAGUGCAAA